CGNAUGAGGAUGAUGAGGCACCAUUGACAGAAGAAGAUCUUCAGGAGAUGCUUUGGUUUCACAAGCAGCAAAAAGUUGCCCAACAGAUGUACCAUGUUGACAAAGAUCUUUCAAGAUACCAGCAUUACAGUGCAAGCUUGCUGUCAGAUCAGGACAAGUACUACGAUUAUCAGAAACAAGCUGGCUCAAAGAAGCACAAAAGAAAGAAGUUGAAAAAUGGUAAGGUAAAGCUUUCAAAGGAAAAGAAGGAAAAGGAUAAAGUGAAAGUUAAAAAGAAAAAUAGGAAUUCUGAUGAUCUGGAUGAUGAUCAGAGGCCACUGACAAUAGAAGAAAAACUUAUCAAAAGAACUCUAAUACGUCGCAAGGAAGCUGAUGCUAAACGACGGAAGCUGUGGGCUUUGAUAGUCAGGAAGGAGAUACCCAGGGCUCAUAGACAAAAGUCUUCUGCGAGGAACAACAUGCUUCAAAACUGCAAAAAGCUUGCCCAGCUCUGCCAGAAAGAGAUGCGCAAAGAAGCACAAAGAUCUCAGAAGGUUACUCAACAGACUGCUCCAAAGGCCAGGAGGCUCUCAAGAGAGAUGCUAGUUUAUUGGAGGAAAUAUGAGAAAGUUGAGAAAGAACACAGGAAAAGGGCAGAGAAGGAAGCUCAGGAACAACGGAAGCUGGAUGAUGAGUUCAGAGAGGUACGCAGACAGCAGCGGAAAUUGAAUUUUUUGAUCACACAGACAGAGUUAUAUGCUCAUUUCAUGAGCAAAAAAUUAAAGGGUUCACAGCCUGAUGAAGGCACUCAGGAGAUUUUGAGAAAACUGGAAGAACCAUCAGCUAAACAGAGUGUGAAGACAGUCUUAGGUGGAGUGCUCAUUGAUAUGGAGAAUGCUGAUACAUAUGAUGCUGAUGAAAUGAAGUCUCAAGCUCUGUCAAAUGCUCAGAGAGCUAUUCAAGAUCAAGAAGCCAGGACAAAAGAUUUUGAUGUUAAUUUCCAACAAGAAUCUGGUAAAAAGGUUUCAAUGUCACAAGCAUUUUUUGACCAGAGUUAUAGCUUAGCAGACCCCUCAAUUAAUAUGGAUGAAGCUCAUCCACAACCCACAGUCUUUGAAGGAGAACUUAAAUCAUACCAGCUUAAGGGAAUGAACUGGCUUAUCAACUUGUAUGAACAAGGUAUUAAUGGGAUUCUAGCUGAUGAGAUGGGUUUGGGAAAGACAGUUCAGUCCAUAGCCUUUCUCUCUUAUCUAGCAGAGACACAUAAUAUUUGGGGUCCAUUUCUUGUGGUUGCUCCAGCCUCCACACUGCAUAACUGGCAGCAGGAAGUUAGCAGAUUUGUUCCACAAUUCAAGGUGUUGCCAUAUUGGGGAAACCAAGGUGACAGAAAAUCUCUAAGAAAAUACUGGACUCAGAACCAAGUUCAUAUAAAUGACUACGAGAAUGCACCAUUCCAUGUGCUUAUAACAAGCUACCAAUUGAUUGUGCAGGAUGUGAGGUACUUUCAGCGCAUAAAGUGGCAGUACCUUGUACUUGAUGAAGCUCAAGCAAUCAAAAGUAGUGCCAGUGUGCGUUGGAAGAUCCUACUUGGUUACUCAUGCAGGAAUAGACUCUUAUUGACGGGAACACCUAUUCAAAACAGUAUGGCUGAGCUGUGGGCAUUGCUUCACUUCAUUAUGCCAACUCUGUUUGAUUCUCAUGAGGAGUUCAACGAGUGGUUCUCGAGAGACAUUGAAAGUCAUGCAGAAAAUAAGUCUGCCAUCGACCAAGACCAACUUUCAAGACUUCACAUGAUCUUAAAACCUUUCAUGUUGAGGAGGAUAAAGCGUGAUGUAGAGAAUGAACUUUCUGAAAAGAUUGAGAUCAAGCUGGUUUGUCAUCUGACUACAAGACAAAGAUGGCUGUACCAAGCAGUCAAGAACAAGAUUUCCAUCGAUGACCUCGUUUACACGUCAACAUCUUCGUCAUCCACCAACGCCACAACUAGCAGUCUGAUGAACCUCGUCAUGCAAUUUAGGAAGGUCUGUAACCAUCCUGAACUGUUUGAGAGAAGGGAUGUUCGCUCUCCUAUUCAUGUGGAAAUUCCAUCAUUCCAUCUCCCUAAGCUUAUCUACAGAGAAGGCAUCCUGGAGUCUUCGACACCAGGUAGAACGAAAAUCCUGUACAAUCUGCUGAACAUUGGAUCUAAAGAGUACAUACAUCAUUCUUUGUGCGAUGGUCGCUCGUCAGGUCCUCCGAGUGACUGCUUUUCGUUUUCGAGAUUUAUCAAUUUGUCACCAGCACAGUUGUCAGCUAUGAUGUUGAAGGGACUGGUAUAUAGGUUGUUCGCUUUAGUCGUGCUCUUAAAGGAGAUAAGUAGUCUUCACCAUCAACGAUUUUGGGCCCAAGACAAGCCGAGGAAUAGGUGUUUGGGUCGGCACGAUCUCAUCUUGUGGCCAGACUAUUCCACGUCCUUUCCAAGCAUCCAGUCUAGUUCAGUCCUUUCGUCGCUGGUAUUCACUGGCUACACCGCACGAGUGUCGUCCCACGUGACUCACAAUGUUCAUGCCAUUUUGGACGAUGACGAUCGCAAUCCUAUAAGGAGCAAAGGAAAAGAGGCUCUCAGAGCGACGAGAACUCGACGGAUAUCUAGCAGUCAUGCUGUAUCGCCAACUUCCCCAUCAAAGAGGAAAGAUGGCCGACAGAGAGGCCAGCACCCACAUCACACCGUCAUAUCCCCAACAGGAAAGGUCCCUCCUUCUCCUCUCAAACAUUCCCCAACUGGGGCGUUCUCUCCUACUAAACAUUAUGGACACUCAUUCUUCCCUGCGCAGCUGUCACCUUCCAAACAUCAUCAUGGCGUACCGUCAUCACCUUCAUGGACUCAGCAAAAUCCACACGGAUUCCACCCGGGAGAGUUGCCAAUAGGAGAGCACCAUCCUUCGUCGGGACACGUGCCACCCACCCACCCAAUACAAGGAUCUCCUGUGAUGCAUUACCCGCCCGGACCUGGCGGAACUCCCUUGCGGUCUCCCAAGGGACUUGCAUUAACCCCGUUGCAAUCGCCACAAAUGGUUCCUCCCACAGCAUCUGCCCAGCACUCGCAUCCCUUCUCACCCACGAGGCACGGUUCAUCGUUGCUGAUGAGUUUACCCGAAGGAUUUCAUCUGAACACUGCACCCAGUGUAUAUCCUAUAGACAGAACACUGCAACCAACAACUCUGCCGCCAUUUUUGUCGACAUACAUACCAAGGGUAACGGCAGGGACCGAUGUUUAUCGCUGUAGUGAUCGCAGUGCUGCGUACGAGAUUCAAAACUUGUUACAGGGGGGUUCAGAACUGUACAGGAAUCUCCUGAUGUACGGCACUCCUGACCUUGAACACGUCAGCUACUUUAGGAAGCAUUUGUUCCCGGCACCCCCUGGCGGACUGGAAGCUGCCACUCCUCAGAAUGGAUGGACCUUCGUGCAAAUUCCAGACCGUAACUUACUGAUCACAGACAGCGGUAAAUUAACAGUCCUGGACGGACUGCUGACCAAACUGAAGAUGCAGGGACACAGGGUGUUAAUCUACUCACAGAUGACGAAGAUGAUUGAUCUUUUGGAGGAGUACAUGGCUUACAGAAAGCAUAAGUACAUGCGACUGGAUGGCUCAUCGAAAAUCUCUGACAGGAGAGACAUGGUGGCCGAUUUCCAGUCCAAUGCGGACAUAUUCGUGUUCUUAUUGAGUACCCGAGCGGGAGGUCUGGGGAUCAAUUUAACUGCUGCAGAUACGGUAAUUUUUUACGACAGUGAUUGGAAUCCUACAGUCGAUCAGCAGGCUAUGGACCGCGCUCAUCGCCUGGGGCAAACUCGACAAGUGACCGUGUACAGACUGGUGACUAAGGGUUCUAUAGAGGAGAGGAUUCUUCACAGGGCUAAAGAGAAGAGUGAGAUUCAGAAAAUGGUGAUUUCCGGCGGGCAUUUCAAGCCUGAAGCUCUUAAACCCAAAGAAGUGGUAUCUUUGCUCCUUGACGAUGCCGAACUGGAGUGCAAAUUUCUUCAGCGGCAAGCCGAAAAGAAAGCUGACGAACAACGGCGAAGAAGGGAACGAAAACGAAAGAAGACGGCGCCGGUUGAGCUGGGUGAAGGCUUAUCCCCGAGUAUCGAAGUCACAGAUGGCGCGCCCCCAGUCAAGGCUAAAAAAGGCCGUAAAAGCAAAAGCUCGCUGGUCCCACCUGCACCUGAAGGGUCCAUGUCGGGAUCUAAACCCGCCUCGGAGACCAGCAGUAUCACGGGAGAAGGGCUUAGUAUUAAGACAGGUGAAGCGUAUGAUGGCGACGGUACCGUGGGUGAUGAUAUCAGUGUGCUGAGUCUGGAUGAAGUGUCGCUGGCUUCUGGUGAUCUCUCAGUUGAUAUACCUCCAUGCAACACUGAUACACCCCUGAGCUUGAAACCUGAAGGAGACGACUUGGAUGAUCCCCGAAGCGAAAACGCCAGUCCAGCCCUUUCAGAUUCCUCUGGUAAACGAGGCAGAGGUCGUGGUCGUGGAAGAGGAAGGGGACGAGGAAUUUCCUCUAGUAGGGGACGCGGGGGCUCCAACGUUCGAGGAUCACGCAGUCGGGGACGUGGGCGAGGAACUGGCGGCGCCCUUGCUGCCUCUGCUGCGGCAUCAGCAGCUGCAGCGGCCGCGUCAGCUGCAGCAUACGCGGCCUACGGCUUCUCUUUCCAAGGGACAACUACUCCGAAUCCCACUCCACCGCCGGCGCGAUCGAGUCCGGUGGCAUUUGGUGCAGGUGGUUCUGUCAUGCAGGGAUAUGGCAACAUUAGUCAUCCAGUGGCACGUUAUGAUAGUUCGUCGGCUGGGUAUUCACCCGUCCAAAGUGCAGAAAACAGCCCAGCCAGAUCAUCAUCUCACGCGUCCACGCGCAUUAACAGUCAGCAGUCCUCGCCUCCUUCAUGAAAGAUGGCGUGUUCUGUGCUUAAAAUUUGAAUUGCUUUUAAACGUGAACUGUAUUAAAUGGAAGUGAGUAAGGAAGUGCAAUGUAUUGCCAAGUCGGUCGAGUUACGCUGCCAAACAGUCUAGCUACUGGAAAAGUCUUUAAGAGUAAAUGCAUUGCUUUCCUUCGUGGAAUUUUCAUGGUUGCAUUGCAUGUCAGUACAAAAAUGUUAUCACGUGCGCUGUUUUUCGUGGUCUGGAAAGAACUUAGUAUGGUGUAAAUAGUUAAUUUUGGGAAUGGUAAGGCAUCCUGAUGUCUAUCCACUUGUUUUAAUUAUUGGUGCACCGAGAAAGUUCAAUAGGGUCUCGUAAUUUGUAAACAUAAACGACUUUUAACUCAGCUAUCAAUUAUACUAUUGUAGCCUGAUUAGCUCUGUAUCACGCAAUGCUUGAAACGUCCCGUGACAUCGUAGGAUGACGGUUGUGUGACAUUCUUGGCGUGAAUAAAAAUCCUCAGACUAA